AUGGCAGGCUGCCGCAUGCAACGCCUCGCACCUGCCCGGUCGGGCGUCCCCUACUCCGCCUACAUGCUCUACAUGGUCUUCCGGUUGCUUUUUGCCUUAUCCUUAGCUGGCUCUAGCACAAUCAGAGCAGACCAUGUCUUGUUGUUGUGUCAUUGGACGCUUGGGUUCUAUAUUAAGCGAACCCAAUCCUUUAUCAGCAUACGCAUCGUCAGCAGCAAGCUGAACGAGGCAAGCAGGAAAGGCCAGAAUGGAGGCAACAAUUUCAAGCAGACACUGAAAGAGACACCUACCACUCUUCCUAAGACCGGAAAGGAUUUCUAUUCCAGGGAAGACCAGUCAAUGUAG